AGUGCUGCAUGAAGAAGUCACCAGAGUGUGUAAACUAAACGUGCUUCAAUCGUCUCAGGCACCAAAAGGAAGCACCGAAAUCUGCGUCGCGUUUCGGGGGGCUACGGUAGAUACACCGGUCGUACAGGAACCGGUUUCAACAGGACACCGGUUCUCGGCACCCUACCCUACACAAAAAGGCGUCUCCGGAUUCACAACGGGGAGGUGGCGUCAUAAAUAGCUGUGUCAAAGGAAGCGCUUCACCUGUGGGAGCACACCGGGGCUGCGACUGGAUCUCCACUGAAACUCGCUGCACUGGGACCAGCCCGAGUAUCAGUUUACUCUGGAGCACUGCAAGUAAACAGCGGAUCAGACAACAAGACAUACCGACAAAAUGCUGGCCAUUAUAGAGGAAAGGACCGUGGAGUCUGGUUACCAUACAAACACAGACAAGUAUCUGUUGAUAAUGCUUUUGAAGUUGGGACUGGACGCAGCGGUCCUCUCUUUGUGCUUCCAAAGGCUACAUACCUCUUUUAUAAGUAUGUGCGGUCUGUCCAUCGUCUUGGCCGACUCUGUGAUGGUGAUUUUUGUUUCCCGCUUAUAUUUUCUACAACCUGAAACGUGCUUGGUGUCCCUCUGUUUCCUCUUGACCAAUGUCUCUGUGAUAUUUGAUGCCCUUACGCUGCCCAUCGUGUGCCUGUGUUUACUGGACUGUUAUUUAGAAGGCACCAGCCUCGGCAAACAGAGCAACGCCUCCAAAUUCCUGAGACACACCGCCUUGACAUUGCUGCUGUGGGUGAUAGCGAUUUUGUCCUCCUUUGGUUCAGUCAACUCUGAUACGUCGGAACUGAAUUUAGAGGACGGGCUAUCAGCUACAGUUUGUGAAGUACGAGAGUCUACACUGGUGAACUUCUUCAUUUUGGGGGGUUUCUCAGUUACAACCUGUACAUUACUGCCCUUUUGGUCAAGGAUUCCCCGGUGGGUGAGGGAGUCUGAUAGGUUAUCUCAAAAUGCAAAGAUCCAGAAAAGCGACUUGCGGUUCUCGACUAAUGGCCCGGACACAUGUGUCAUCGAGGAGAAUCCACUGGAGGAGACGGUCGAUCCACGCCCGCCUCUGUGGUUGAGCACAAUCCUGGGCUUUAGUCUGAUGUGGAUGCCCUAUCUCACCAUGAGUGUGGUCUUCCUACUGCUCACCAUUGGACUGCCUGCUUACACCACUGUUAAUCUUCUGUGGUUGGAGUGCACCAACAGUUUAGUGAUGGGUGUGAUGUUCUGGGCAAAAAGCGACACACAAGGGCCCUACAGCCCUCCAGGAAACAUGUGCUUGUGGUCCAUUUUCUGGCAUUUGAGCAAAGGAACACAACGGCAGCCAUUCCUUGCAACCGUGUUCAACGCAUCAAGAGAGAAGAUGCACACUCUGCUCCACGUGUGAAAGAGAGGUCAACAAUCAACCUGUUCUGAGACAGGUCGGACUGCCAACAGUGAUGUUGUUUAAUCUGCAAGGUGAGCAGAUCGUUGUAAGUCAUACAUAGAUGUGAUAAUAGAUUAAAAAAAACCUAGUGAUAAUACCUUCUAUUUUAUACUGUAUUUAAAUUGAACAUGCCACUUUUACUUUACAUUGUUAUUUGUCUUAUUGUCAAUUGUCUUACUGUCCAAUGUUCAAUUGUGUAAAUGAAUAAAGAAUAUAUUUAAACAGACCAGAGAACCUAGUGAUAAUACCUUCUAUUUUAUACUGUAUUUAAAUUGAACAUGCCACUUUUACUUUACAUUGUUAUUUGUCUUAUUGUCAAUCGUCUUACUGUCCAAUGUUCAAUUGUGUAAAUGAAUAAAGAAUAUAUUUAAACAGACCAGAGAAAAUCAGGACAUACUUAUGUCGCAUUUUAAGACUGAAGCCCUUCAAAAUGAUGAAUGUCCGAUUUGAUUUUUCAAGAAAUGAGCCAACU